AUGGUGAACGAUGCCCUAUCCCCCUCCCCCCCGGACCCCGUCCUCACCCGCCCUUUCAACCAGGAGAAUGACCCCGUCCCCCUCGAAAUAGCCAUCAUAGGCGGGGGCAUCAUCGGGGUCAUGCUCGCCCUGGGCCUCCUGCAUCAUGGCAUCCAGGUCACGGUAUACGAACGCGCCUCCACCUUCCCCGAGAUCGGGGCGGGUAUGGCCUUCACGGCGGUUGCCCGCGAAUGCAUGCGCCGUCUGAGCCCCCAAGUCCUCGCCGCCUUCGAGCGCGUGGGCUCUCCAAACCCACACCCCCAGAACCGCUACUGGGAUGGCUUCCACCCCACGACCAAGGAGGAGGCGCAGUCGGCCGACGCCCUGCUCUUCCAGCUGUCGACCCACGAUAUGGGCUUCUGGACCUGUCUGCGCGCGGGGCUGUUGAACGAGAUGAGUCGCGAGUUGCCCGAGGGGACGGUGAAGUUUGGGAAGCGGCUGGUGAGUUAUGAGGAUGAUGAGGUGGUGGAGAAGGUUGUUCUCCGGUUUGCGGAUGGGAGUGAGGGGCGGGCUGAUGCUGUAAUCGGCUGCGAUGGCCUGCGAUCACGCACCCGGCAGCUCCUUCUGGGAGAGUCCAACCCGGCGGCGUAUCCGAGCUACUCGCACAAGGUGGCCUACCGGGCCGUGGUGCCCAUCGCCGCGGGGAUGGCCGCGCUGGGCGAAGACAGAGGGAGUAACCAGUGUCUGCAGAUGGGGCCAGGGGCACAUAUGCUCACCUACCCGCUAGCAGGCUUCACCCUCAUGAACGUCGCCAUCUUCACCACAGACCCAACCCCCUGGCCCGACGCCAGCAAAAUCACCAUGCCAGCAACCCGCAGCGAAGUCGCCUCCGUCUUCGCAAGCUGGAGCCCCUCGGUGCGCGAAAUCAUCGCCCUCCUGCCCGAGAACCUGACCAAAUGGGCCCUCUACGACAUGUACGAGCACCCCGCCGCCUCGUAUUGUCGGGGCCGCGUGUGUCUGGUCGGCGACGCGGCGCACGCCAGCAGCCCGCACCAUGGGGCGGGGGCGUGUAUGGGGGUGGAGGAUUGUUUGGCGAUGGUGACAGCGUUGGACUCUGUUCGGGGGGUUGUCCAAGAGAGGAAGGCCCUCGGUGUGCGAGGGGCGGUGCGGCAAGCGUUUGAGGCAGUUAAUGCGGUGAGGUGGGAGAGGUCGCAGUGGCAGGUAAGGAGUGCCAGGGAGACGGGCGAUAUCUAUGAGUGGAUGUAUCCUGGGUCGGGGGACAGUAGCGAGAGGUGUAAACAGGAGAUUGAGGGGAGGACGAGGAGGAUUUGGGAGUUUAGUGUUGAGGAGAUGGUGCGGGAGGUGAGGGUGUUGAUGGGGGAGGCCAGGAUUUGA